AUCUAUCGCGAGUACUAGUCAACGUUCCUGGAUCGUAUCGUCAGUAUGCGGUCGCGCAUUCCAUGCGAAAACACCUGUUUGUUGUUUUGAUUUCUCUACCGUUUUUUCGGUCCUAAAUCGCGUUGAAUAUCACAUAUUUAUACAUUUGUCUAACGUCUAAAAUAGAAAAAGAAACUUUUAAUCGUAAUAAAAUAUCGUAAAUAUUUGAAAAAAAGUAAAUAGAAACAUUAAUUUAAGAAAAUAUUUAUAUUUAAUAUUCUUGGAUUAAAGUAAGAAGGGAAAAAGGGGGGAAAAAGAAAGAACAAGAAAAAUAAAAAAUUUUGAUUAAGAGAUUUUUAAAAUAUAAUUAAAUAUUAAGAAAAAUGAUUAAAAUAAAUAUAAUUAAGUAAAUGAUUAAUAGAAUAAUUAUUGAAAAAUUAUCGAUUGAGAUCGAAGAAAAGGAAGCACCGUUAAAUGCAUACUGGUGUAUCCGUGUGAUAAACGAGGAAUAAGGACAAAGAUAUUGUGGAGGAAGAAAACGAAACGUAAACAGAGAGAAAGAGUGAAGGAGAAGAAGAGUUUUAACCGCGAGAGAGGAACGUCCUCGUGAUUUCAACCACGUGUAUCUCGUGGUCCUCGUUUAAACACGCAUUACAAUUAAACUCCAAAAUGUAACUUAAUUACACUUGACUCGGAUUGAAAAUAAUUUCUUUUAAGAAUGAUACAAAUUCGUAUCGAAUUAUUUUUCUUUAAAAUCAUUAUCAUAUAAAAAGAGGAAGAAAGAGAAAUUGAAAGAAAAAGAAGAAGAAGAAGAAGAAAGGAGAAGGAAAAUUAAUAACAUUCAACGGAAAUGAAUAAUGACAAUGAUCGAUCGAUCAAUUGUACUUGAAAUACGAAAGAGGCGAAAGGGAAUCAUUUGAAAUGAAAAAGACGAUGAUCCGAUAAUGUUUAGUCGUAGCCAUGAGGCAGGGAUGUGCAACUAGCCCCUUCCCCGCGCACAUCUUUAUAUCGAGACUGAAUGGACAGAGAGAGCAGCCUCCUCUAUGAGAUAAUACGCCUGGUUGUACCUAAGUCAUUCAGGCCUCAAGUCGGAUCCAUCGAAUCGCGAGAGAUCGCGCGAGGUGAGGGUGGACACCGUAACAGCCCCUGCAGUCAUGCUCACCAUACAAAACGACAUGUCACCGCGUAAUGGCUCGUGCGUGGCGGAAGUGAGCUCGGUGAGGAGUCUCUCGUCGGACGAUGUCUCGGCGACCAAGACGAACCGAAAGAAAUCCUGCUGGGCACGUGCCACGGAUCCGGCUCACCGCCGCGGACGUCGAAUUCAGUUGCUGCAGAUGUUGGUUCUCCCGUUCAUACCGAUCCUGGCGUUGAUCGUCCAAACGGCCAACACCCUCCACGAUAUCUUGAUCUAUCGGCAGGAGGUCUCCGACAUCGAAACGCAGGUAACAAUCGCCACUGAUUUGGGGAAGGUUGUCACGCGGAUGCAGCUCGAAAGAUCCGAGGUUGCAUUCUUUAUUUACACCAAUGGCAACACUCUAAGGUCAAACUUGACGCAGAGGUUCGCCAUAACUGAUCAAGCUCUUCAUAACAUGACUACGUGGCCCCUGGUCUCGGUGCCCAGGGAUGAGAGCAAGACGCAAGCCUAUGACGUGGUCAGCAAAGAGGCUUUUCAAGCACGCCUCGAGGAUUUCAGGCAGAAGAUAAGUUCGGAAGAGAGCAGCAUUACCGAAGUGAUGACAUGGUACACGAGCGUGAACGCGGCCAUGCUAGACCAUCUGACUAAUCAGAUCAAAGAAACGGAUAAUAGCGGAGUUUGGAGAUAUUUGAUAGCUUUCAAAAAUUUACUGAGAAGUAUCGAGAGUUUGGGUAUCGCUUCCGUUUACGGGAUCAAUUACUUCGGGCGUGGAAUCCUUCUGGGGGACAAUUACGUCAGCUAUGUCCGCCACGAAGCUCUUGGACGCGAUCUCCUCAACGGUUCUCUCACAUACGUGCCUUCUCUCAAGCAUUUUUACGCCGAGCUCACCCGCACCAUGCCCGAUUAUGGCAGGAUUAAAUCCAGACGAGACGAAAUCCUCCAGAACCGGAAGAGGGAGCCGAAUGUCGAAGACGCGAUCGCUUAUUUCGACUCAAUGGCAACUUACGUGGACGAACUGCGGAAACUUCAGAAAGAGUUACGUCACAUGAUUAGGGAUUACGUGAACUCGACCCUGCAAGACGCGAGCAACAAAGAAGCCGCUGGGAUAGCUAUAGUUGUGCUGGUGCUGGUCGUCUCUCCCAUCAUUAUAAUACUAGUACGCAACGCGGUUGCGACGAUUCAAAUGUACGCAGCUAACCUGGCGCAGAAAGCGCGGGAGCUGAAACAAGAGAAGGGGAAAAGCGACACGUUGCUUUUCCAAAUGUUGCCACCGAGCGUUGCUCAACAAUUGAAACAAACGCAACAGGUUCCGGCUGAAUAUUACGAGGCGGUGACCGUAUAUUUUAGCGACAUUGUCGGGUUUACGGAAAUUGCCGCAGAGAAUACACCCUUGGAAGUUGUCACGUUCCUCAACUCGAUCUACAAAUUGUUCGACGCUCGGAUCGAAUGUUACGACGUGUACAAAGUUGAAACGAUCGGCGACUCGUACAUGGUUGCGUCCGGUUUGCCCGUUAGAAACGGGGACAAACACGUGUCCGAAAUAGCAACGAUGGCCCUCGAUCUCCUAGCGGCUUCGUCCGUGUUCCAAGUGCCGAAGAGGCCCGGGGAACGGCUUCAGAUACGAAGCGGCGCCCAUACGGGGCCCGUCGUUGCUGGAAUCGUGGGCAGCAAGAUGCCUCGUUAUUGCCUCUUUGGGGAUACCGUGAAUACGGCCAGUCGCAUGGAAUCAACCGGAGAAGCUCUGAGAAUACACAUCAGUCUAGAAAUGAAAAAGGCUUUGGACGCGGUGGGAGGUUUCAAAAUUGUACGCCGUGGUUUAGUCGACGUUAAGGGAAAGGGACUGAUGGAUACGUAUUGGCUGGAAUGUAAGGACGGUGGUAUCGCUCGUGCGGCGGAACUGGACUUGCCCUCGUUCUUCGAGGACGUGCGACCAGUUUUCAUACGUCGUCUCCGAGAGGAGGGUCGCAAAAACCGACUGUCCCAUCCAAAUCUCCACAUCACCCCCGUCAAGCCACCCCCCCAAUCCCAGUCGAGCAUCGAGUCCCAAGACUCGACGGCCACGUACGAGGGCACUCAGUCGACCACCCCCUGCCCGCCGAGUUACUCGCCGAGUCAACGUAGCCGUUACUCCCAACCGAAUCUGCCCACCCUUCUGAUAUCCCACGAGAAGAGGUCAGGGGAUCGUCGCAUCAGGAUGUCUCAGCCCACGUUGAACUCGAGCUUCAGCGGCAUCAACUUUGCCGGGAUGAACCGUAGCUCGAGACUUUCGUACCCGAGCCUGAGACCAGCUUCCGGGGACAACAGCAUUAACGAGGAAGAGAGAUUGUCGGCGAGAAGCGUGCAAGGGGUUCUCGGGAGUUCGAGGGGAAGUUGGACGGAUCAAGGAGCCGCGAGACUGUCCCAAUCGGACGUGAUGCGGCUCGUUCUGCGCCAGGACGCGAAACGGGACGCUCGCCUCUCCCAAUCGACUCUGGUCAUCGGCGAUUAUCAUCCCGGUCGCGGCCAACAGAGAUUAUCCCAACCCUGUCUGAGCACGGGCAAGGAUCUCAAUUUGCCAACGAUGGUUUUCCACUCCCCGUCCCCGCCGUCCGUCAAGCACAAAAGAUUCUCGCCAGCGGUGCACGCCAGCCAGAGGGAACGGCUCUCCCAAUUGGACAUCGGCGCCAAGUAUAGAAAUUUCAAAGAGUCGGCCGCGACGAAAUUCAAUAGGGACAGAUUUUCGAUACCCGAGCUCGAGACGCAAAAUGAUCUCAAGUUGUUGAUAGCCGGGACACCGAAGCAGAGGUUCAGUUUGGACAGCCAAUUGACAGGGCGUAAUCAGGACGUAACUCGGUCGAGAUUGUUGCCGAUCGCCAGUUCGCCCAUCAACGAACACCAGCAAAUUAAGAUCGAGGAGCAAACAGGAGGUAAAGUUAAAAGCCCCACCAGAGAAGGCCUUGGACGCGUGCUCGUCGCGAGUACCACUCCGAUAUUACCGCCGAGCGAGAGGGAAUUGUUAUCGACCGAGUUGAGUAAAAUAACGACCGUCGACUCGACGACGCAGAAGGAUCAAACGACGCUUAGAGGGAGCAAACUUCACAGAUCGGUCUCGCCUAUCCCCACCAGGGAGAGAAUGUCGGUGCCUGAAAUAAGAAAUUCGAGUCUACGCCGAUUGCUCGACCCGCCGAUGAGGCAAAGGCACAGUAUCACGGGCAAUUUAAGACAGAGUAUAAUCCUUCCCAUCAAGCCUCUCGAUUUUGGAAGGAAAUCGCCCAAGCAUUUGUUCGAGGAAGCAUUGGAAAGAUUUGGAAGAAAGGAUGAGAAAGAAGAGAAUCGAAAGAACGAAAUUUCGAAUUCGGAAACCCUUGUCGACAUCGUCGACGAACCUAAACACAUUCAAAAGCAUUACUCGUAUACGUACGAAAGUAGUGGCGACGACGGUUGCUCGAUAUUUGGAAAGAUAAGCAUGUCCGCGAUACCGAAGAAGAAAUAUUUGGAAAGUAAUUUCGACGAAAAUGAACAGGUGAUCACGACGGUGAUCGAGACGGACGUGCCAAUGAUAAUGGCCAAUCCGAAGUAUGUAAAAAAAUCAUCUUAUUCGAGCGAAACCCCAAAAUGGAUUAGAAAAUAUUUGGAAAGCGAAAGUCCGAAAGGAGGAAGAAAGAUGCAGGCAAGCAACAAGGAGAAAACCAACAGAAGGAACAGCAGGAGGAAAAGCUCUUUGGAAUCGAUGGAAAGCGAGAAAAUUACGGACAAAGUUCGCUCGAAAUCGGUGAGCAGCGGUGAGAGGAGCCCGAUGCUGAGAAACACCGGUAUACAAUCCGAGUUGAAAAAUAUGAAGAACACGUACGUGAGAAUUGUUCCUUCUAACAAAACUCGAGAAAACAGAUAUGAAGUAAAGAUAGAGAAUAAUUGGAUCGAUGGAAAUAUUCACGGACUAUAUGGUGAUGAAUGUGAGGAUACGGAUUCCGAUGAUUCCACGUCCAUUUAAAUUAAAACUAACGAUACUAAUGCGUAAUAGAAAUACGAAACAAAGAAAUUUUGUCCGAUUAACUUAUAACGAUAUUUGUAAAUUGGUGAGAGAUUAAAGAAAAAAAUUCAUAUUGUGUACUUAAAGCAUAAAAUGCUACGAAUUUUAUGAAAAUUGAUAUUUUCUAGUUACCAGUCAAGGAUAUGUAUUAGAUAACAAUUUGAUUAGCCUAAACAUCUUGGAAACGAAAUAAGGUAAACUGAUAUGUCCGAUCCAAAUUUUAUUUUCUCAUAUUAUCAUAUUUGUAAUGAUCUUUAGAUCUCGAUGUAUUAUUUCCAUUCAAACGAGAAAUUUUAUUUUUAUUAAAAUAAAAUUAAAACAACUUGUAAAUAUUUGAAUUAAUUCUGUUGAAUACUUAUUGCGAUAUAUAGUUAAGAAAUUUUUAGUAAAAUUCAGGACAUGGUUUGAUAUUUUAUUGUCACUAUUAUUCGUAUUUAAAAUAUAAAAUUUUUUAAUGCUUGCUGUGAAUGAAAGAAAAUGUAUCAGAGAAAAUAUAGUCUAACUAGUUAUUAUCACAUCAAAUACAUAAACUGUACGAAAUGUUCAUUUUCUUAUCAACAUACUAUCGACAUUCCUACAGUUUUAUAAUAUAAGUAUCGAGAAAUUUAUAUUUUUUUUCUAUGCUAGUCAUCAAUGAGAUUCGCGUGAAUUUCAUCUCAAAUUCCUAUUACAUUUAUAUAUAUAACGAAAUAUUUGCCUCAUAAAAAUAUUCCAAAAAAUUUGUAUUUCGCUUGAACAUUACAUAAUUAUAUUGAUAUGUAUUACAAUGUUAUGAUAUUAUAACAGCAUAACGCAAUUGAUGUAACGUUAUAAUAUCUUAAACUCGGUAUGAAUGUAAUAUUACGGUCAUGAAUGUGAAACUUAUCGUGAAAGUUAUCGUAAUCGUAAAAUUGUUAGUCCUUUAUAUGUCAUUUAAUAUAUGAUUAAAGAUGUUAUACCAAAGAUAUAA